AUGGAUUGCUUGACAGAUGAUCUAUGUGCGAUUGUACUUGCGAGGCUACCGCUUAAGACCAGCACAGCUUCAAAAGUGGUUUGCAAGCAGUGGAAAUCGAUCGUAGAGUCUCCGUUUUUCCGACAACUCUUCAUAUCACUGCACCAAAACUCGCACUCUUGUUCAUGGUCGCUCAUGUACUUUGGAACAGAAAUUAUGGCUCACUACAGAUGCGAAACUUGGGGACUUGAAAAAUCUUUGGACUUCUACAUCUCCUCUUUCCUAAAAAGGUUCAAGAACAACGAGGAACAUUACAAACCAGCUGCUGAAGUCGUUGCUUACUCCGAUGUUGGGUUGGUUUUGAUCCAUGUAAAGCCACUCAAGGAGAAGAUUCAUGGAUCCUUGUACGUGGCUAAUCCGGUUUCACGGGAAUGCGUAGAAAUCCUCUAUCCUGAUGCUCUUCCCCUAGGGUUUCAUGAAACGAAACAAGAUCACCGGAUGACUGGAAUUGUCACACGAACUGAUGACAAGGGCGUUGUUGUAAGCUCGUGGAGUCUCAACACUUAUCAUCUUCCUUACUCUCUUUACCUUGGUGACCAUCGCUCAGCCAUUAGCUUGAUCAACGGAAACCUUCACUUGCUCGCCUGGAAAAGUCUCUUGGGAGGAGGAGUUAGAGUUGUUGUAUCCAUCGAUUUCUACGCUGGUUCUGAUCGAUGCCGUGUUACGCCUUUCCCUGACUCGGAUAAAACUCCCGAAUUCCAAAGAGCUUGCACAGCAUCUCAAGGGUUUCUCAUGCAUAUGAACAUAGUAGUCUCUGAGGAUAAGUUGUGUUUAUGGAGGCUACAGAGCGACGGAUGGCAACUAAUAUCUGCAAUCCCCCCGGUGGCUUUGGUUUCGACAGGUUUUGAUCGUCCCUUGACAAUAAACCCUUUUGAUGAGAAAACAGCUUACUUUUGCGGCAAGCAUCAGAAAGGUUUGCUAUCUGUAAACUUCCACAAUGGCAAGUUUGUGCUCCACAAUCAGUUGGAACAUAGCAGUGACGACAGUCGCAUUAUGGUUUCCCUUAAAGUUUGGGGAUAUACGAGACACAUCAAACAAUCAGAGCGCUCCUCUUUCGUUCUCCCACAAUGGCUGCAUCGGAUCCCCAACACAGUGACAAGAGUUUAG